CUUCUCACACUAUACUAGAAAACCGGCCAUAUCAUAUCAUAUCAUGACAUUGAAUCGCUCCACCAUUGCCGUCCGGUCCCAGAGGAGCCUUUCCAAUUGGCACAUUCCUAACAGCUUUCCAUGAAAAGGCUCCUAUUUUCUUGAUUUCUUCCCUUCUAUCUUUCUUUAGCCCCUUCCCCUCUGCCUAUUGUGUUCAACUUUGUCUUUUUGUAGUUGCCAUUUUCGUUUUUCGUUGUUUUCUCCCUCUCACUCCACCUAUCACUUAGUUCCCUGCGAACCCUAGUCUGGGAUCUUGAAACCCAGAAGAACCCAGGGAUUUAUCAGCUAAAGGGUUUAUAGUUUUCCGGUUUUCUUGGAUUUUGGCAAUGGGGAAUUGUUUGGAGACUUCGAGGAAAUCGACGGCGGAGAUUGCGCCGGCGGACGUGAUGAAGAAGAAUCAGCCCACGGUCAAGCUCUACGGGGCGCCGUUCGGGAUUGAGACCUACUACAUCCGAUUCGCGCUUCUCUACAAGCCCGUUUCUCUCAAGUUCCUCCCCUCCGACCGCCACGACGCGCCGGUGAUCGAGUACAAGUCCGACAGCGUGUCCGGAUCGCCGGAAGUCAUGGUGCAGUUCCUCGAUGCGAAGUUCCCGGAGCCGCAGCUGCUGAAGGGGAGCGUGGGCGGGUGGUACGGCGAAACGACGCCGUUGCUGGUCUGGGUGGUGACUCUGCAGCACCGGAGCAUCCUGUGGCACCUGGACCGGAUGGUGAGGUGGGCCGAGGACCUCUCGGCGCGUGGGGGCAAGACGCGGGGUGAUCCGGCCAUGGGGAGCCCUAGGAUGGAGAUUAGGAAGUUCGGAAAAAGCUACUCUCAGUUGCUUGAGCUCUUACAGGAGCACGCUCAGAUGGAAGAGAGAGUCGUCUUCCCAAUCUUGGAAAAAGCCGAUCGAGGCUUAUGCAAAGCUGCAAAUGAGGAGCAUGCUAGGGAUUUGCCGGUAAUGAAUGGUAUCAAAGAAGACAUUAAAUCCAUUGGAGUUCUGGAUGCAGGGAACCCUGUCUACCAAGAGGCACUCUCCAAUCUCUCAACUCGGCUCAAAACUUUACAGGAGCAUUCAAAGCAGCACUUUGAAGAGGAAGAGAGGGAGUUACUGCCCCUAUUGGAGGCAGCCGAGCUGAGUAAACUACAGCAAGUCAGCGCGAUGGAGCAGUGCUUGGAUACAAUGCACGGAACGCACUCCCAUCUUUUCCGGUUCUUCAUGGAAGGCCUCCUUCCCCAGGAUGCUAUGCAGUAUAUGGACAUGAUCACCAAGUGCGGUGACAAAGACCACGUGUCCAAGAUGUUCAGGUUAGUAGUCGAGAAAGAGAAUAGCUUAGGCGUGGCAAUGGGCGAUCCUCAUUAACGAAGAUUGCCGGCCUGAUUGGAGAAAGAAUUCGUUUGCAGGGUUAACUACACAGCAUAGCUUUGCUUUUAGGUGAAGCAAACAUGAUAAUGUUUAGGCGGUGCCCGCUUUAAUAUUGCCUUUUCUUCAUCUAAUGUGGCCAGUGGGCAACAUGUUGAAUCUGUAAGCUGUAGACCACUUUUAUCUUUUAUGUCUUGAUUAUGCAGAUGUGAGAAACACCAAAAAAAGGGAAAAAAAAAAUGUAUGAGAGCUUAGUUUGUAGAUGGGCAUCUUUGAAUACUGUUUUCUGCUACUGUAAAUGACAAACAAAAAUUAUCUUUCUUGUACGUAAAUAACAGUUGUUGACCUUGGGCAGUUGUGCAUUUUUCAUGCUUUGCUGUGUA